UUAUCUGAAGAGUCAUUUAAUACAUGGGCUUCUUGUGGCCUUAAGCAUUUUGCCUGCUUCACCUUCAACCUAUAACACCCACACAUAGUUCAGAGAUAGGCUAUAUAAACACAUAACCUAACAAGACCUAUGCAUCUACAUUCCUCUCAAGUAAAUUAGCUAUCUGAGAGUUGGCUUGAAAGGAUAAUCAACAAGCAUGAUCAAGGGAUUUCUUUAUCAUGAGCUCGAGGCUGAUGUACCAGCUGAUGAUCUGUGGGAGGUCUAUGGCACUAUUCGACUCGCUAAGGUUGUUAUGGACUUGAUUCCUCAUGUAAUACUUAAGGUAGAAGUGGAGGAGGGAGAUGGUGGUGUUGGAACCAUUAUACGCACUUCUUAUCCACCAGAAUCAUCAGGUCCUAAGUACAGCAAGCAGAAAUUUGUGAAGGUAGACAACGAAAAGCAUGUAAAAGAAAUACAAGUGAUAGAAGGAGGACUAAUUGAACUGGGUUUCAGCUCUUAUCUUAUUCAUUUUGAGAUCAUAGAGAAAGAGAAGUCUAUUUCCAUCAUUAAAUCUAGUAUACUCUAUGAGCUUAAAGAUGACCAUAUCGAUGCUAUUUCUCUUGCUUCCAUUGUUCCCUCAGUGCACGUCGCCAACACUGUUAUCAAGCAUAUUAAGGAGAGCAAGAUUUGAUUAAUUAGUUAUUUAGGGUUUAGGUUGCCAUUAUAACUAUAUGUGGCUUGUAUUGUGAUUGAUUAUGUAUAUGGUGUUUUGUUGAUCAAAAUGUCGACCUCAUUAAUACUUUGGAGAAGGCAUCUAUAUGAUGUUGUGUGUGUAAUUAAGCCGUGUAUGCAGUAAUCAGCUUAUUACUGAAGGUGUGUUAGGCGAAAGCUAAGUUAAGGAUCCUCAAGGAUGAUUGAUGUAUGAUAAGUAACCAUGUUUAUAGUAAAUAAGGCAGCAAAUGGACCACUUGUUGUAUUAUUUUUA